UUUUUCUGAAAGGCGUGUCUCCUGCGCUGGUGGGGCUAAGCCUGGAUGGUCCCCUCCCCGGAAUGUGGGUCAAGGAUUUGGGAGGCACUUCUGGGGGUUUUUGUAAAGGCUUACUUUUCCCUGCUGACUUGCUCCACCCCACAGGGGGCUGCUGCUGAAAUGGGGAUUUGUCCCAUGUCCUUCAGAACACAGGGAGGGGAUGUGAGCUGGGAGUCAGAGCUCUGACAGCCUGGAGACAGAGCAGAAUCCCUGGCAAGGUGAAAAUCCCCGUUUGCAGGUGGCCUGCCUGAACACAAGUUUCACUGCUCAGUUUGUCUUCUCWGUUCUCACUCAGCAUCUCUAAUAUCCCAGGGAGUGAGUGUAACAGGUAGACACUGUAAGGCAGGUAUCUGCAAGGUGUCUGAAAACAGAUUGGAUAUGGCUCGGUCCCAUCGAGGAGCUGAAUUUUGCAGCUGCUAUUAUUCCCGGUGUCUCCUUGCUGCCUUUGUUUUGGAAGCAAAUGGCUCUCGAACUGCAUUGAAUAGCCUGACUACCUUGCACGGCCGGGAUCUAAUUACCUCUGGAGCUGGGAGCUCUGUCUCCGAGCGGCACCGAGGCUUUUGCUUUUAAUGACUUGCUCUGCCACGUUCAGAGUGUGACAAUGUCGGGGAGGCUGCCAGGACUGGCUGUCGGUGCCACUGCGCUCGCACCGCGAUGGCUGGGAAAGUUAACAGAAGAUGGGAUGUCUUGGGCCAAGCAUCUGCGGCACAGCACUGGGYUGAAAACACAAUAAAUGGGUCUAGUGAAGAGCACAGCUCUCUGCCAUGUGUUGAGGAGUGAGCUGGAUUACUAGAAAAGUGACUGAAAAAAACACAGCUAGAAAGAGGGAACUUUCAUUCUGCUCUGUCAUGAUUCUCUGGCAGARGGAAAGCCUGGCCAAAUGCAGCCGUAUAGCCCCAGAAAAAGUGAGGAGUUAUCGGGGAACAGCCGGGCUCUCCUCUCCCGCCCUGUGCCAGGAGCUAUCUCCGUCCUCCUGUUAAUGUUUACAAGACAGGUCUGGCAGCAUCGAGGUCUGUCCAAAGACCAGAUCCCGCCCCGGCUUUCCCGGGAUCGUUCUCGCUGCUGUCCGGGCAGGGCCACAGGACGGUGUGGGGAGGAAGAAGGCGGCUCAGCGCUGUACCACCAUCGGCCCCCGGUCCCCGCAGCGCUCCGGCUCCGCUGCCCGCGGGCGGUGCAGAUGAGUAAUGCCACACACACUGUGCCCUCUCCCAUGGCACCUGGCACGCCAGGGCCUGGCACAGUGGCCAGGCUGGCCUCAGCCYCUCCAUUCUCAGCUUCUGCCCUACUUACUGCUGCCCACAACGACUCCCAGGAUGGCCAGCAGCUUUUCCUGACCACAACAGCAGCACAUGUCAUCUCUGGMAUCUUCGUGUGGUCAGCACUCAUCGUCACCUUCCACCAGAUCUACACACACCUGAGGAAUUACACCAUCCCCAAGGAGCAGCGCUACAUCAUCCGCAUCCUCUUCAUCGUGCCCGUCUACGCCUUCGACUCGUGGCUCAGCCUCCUCCUCCUCGGCAGCCACCAGUACUAUGUGUACUUCGACUCGGUGCGUGACUGCUACGAAGCUUUUGUGAUUUACAGCUUCCUGAGCCUGUGCUUUGAGUACCUCGGAGGGGAGAGCACCAUCAUGACAGAGAUCCGAGGGAAGCCCAUUGCGUCCAGCUGCUUUUACGGGACCUGCUGCCUUCAGGGUAUGUCCUACUCCAUCGGGUUCCUGCGCUUCUGCAAGCAGGCCACGCUGCAGUUCUGCAUUGUGAAACCCCUCAUGGCGAUCGUCACCAUCAUCCUGCAGGCGUUCGGCAAGUACCACGACGGAGACUUCAAUGUCCACAGUGGAUACCUCUACAUCACCAUCAUCUACAACUUCUCUGUCAGCCUGGCCCUUUAYGCCCUCUUCCUCUUCUACUUCGCCACCAUGGACCUGCUGCGCCCGUUUGAGCCAGUUCUCAAGUUCAUCACCAUCAARGCCGUCAUCUUCCUCUCCUUCUGGCAAGGGACACUGCUGGCAAUCCUGGAGAAAUGUGGGGUGAUCCCCGAAGUUCAGAUCAUCGAUGGGAAGGAGGUGGGAGCUGGGACAGUGGCUGCUGGCUACCAGAACUUCAUCAUCUGCAUUGAAAUGUUCUUUGCUUCCAUUGCCCUGCGCUACGCCUUCAGCUGCCAGGUGUACAGGGAGAAGAAAGAAAACUCAACAGCAAACCUCGCCCCRAUGCAGAGCAUCUCGAGUGGGCUGAAGGAGACCAUCAGCCCCCAGGACAUCGUGCAGGAUGCCAUCCACAACUUCUCACCCACGUACCAGCACUACACCCAGCAGGCRAUGCAGGAGGCAGAGGGCAAGGCAGCGGGGGAAAAUGGGCACGUGGCCUCYAAGAUGGAUGGACAGAGCAGCAGGAAGAGCAAAAACAUUGAAAAGAGAAUGCUAAUCCUGUCAGAUGAGGAACUGUAGGAGCUAUCAGAAGAGAUGCUGACACUGGAGAGGUUUUAAGCCUUGCAAAGGGGAGGUGUCUUGAGGCUGAGACAGCCUGGGCUAAUCAGAGUACUGAGAAGCCAAGAACUCUACCCAAAAAGUCAGUCUCAAAGGGAAGAUGCAAUAACCCAGGAAAGGGUCAAUCAAAAUAGUGCCAGCUUCUGCUGGCAUGGAUGAAGCUGCAUUGCACCCUGUGCUGCAGCCUGGGCUUUGCUGCCCCACUGCUGGUGUCUCUCUGCCAGCCCUGUGCCAAUGCUGGGGGAUGCCAGGCAGGGAGGGCAGCUGGGGUGCAGGACAGACCAGCCGCCCUUGCCCUCCUCUUAUCUCCAAGCAGUGCUGAGGCCUGAGWGAAAUGCUUUUCUCAGCACAGUUCUGCUCUAGUUUCUCCCAAUUUGAGUAAAAAAUGAUCUCCGAGGGCUCCGUGGAGAAAACCA